UAAAGAUGAUAAUGAAAUCAAACAUAGUUUUAAGAACUGAAUGGUGUUGUACCUAUGAUUUUGAUGAUUACAAAACACAUUUGAGUGACUAAUUGGUUUAUUUAAGUGUGUAGUUAAGUUGCUAAAAGGUUGCAAGUAAACUUGGAUUGCACUAAAAAUAGACCAAAAGGAUUCAAUGUGCAGAGAGCCGGCUCAUGAAAGCUGCAGCCGGCUCUGGUGAAAUGGAAGUGCGGAUAGCCGGCUCUAGAAGUUGCAGCCGGCUCUACAGGCAAAAAUUUGAAGAACGUUGUUUGGCGCGCGCAGAGAAAAGACGCAAAGCCGACUCCAACUUUAUAGCCGGCUGUGAGGGUGCAUUUAAUGCACAACGGAAACCCGCAGAGCCGGUUGCAGAAAUGGUGAGCCGGCUGAGCAGAGCCGGCUCUAGUAAGUUAAGCCGGCUCUCCUGACAGUUCUGCAACUCGAGCCAUGCGUCCUGCAGAGCAUUUAAUGACCCCCAACGGCUAUUUUCGAGCGAGGGGCUAUAAAUAUGGUUGGUAACAGAUGUGAAGGGGUUUAGAGAGCAUUGUAUUGAAUAUCUUUACCUACCUACAUGUGCUUUAACUUGAGAUUUUGAUCUUUGAGAGAUCUUUGUUUGUAAUCCUCUUCUUGUGCUAUUAGUGAGUGAUCUUGGGGAUGUGUUGAUUCCUUCAAGAGUGAUCUGUAGAGAGGAUCUUUGGGGUUAAAGUGUAAAGGGGUGAGAUUUGAGAGAAACCCUUCUUCUUGUAAAGGAUUGAGUGGCUCCUUUAAGCCACCAUUGUUUUUGAUAGUGGAGAGUGUGGAGGAAAUCCUUGGUGAGUGAAGCCAAGGUAGAGGACUAGGUUCAAAGUGGUUGGACCGAACCUCUAUAAAAUCAUUGUGCAAGCUCUUCUUCUUCACUCUCUCUUUAAUUUUUGUUUGGUGGUUGCAAAGAGGCGAAAAUUCUCCAACUCCAAUUCACCCCCCCCUCUUGGAGUGCAUU